AUGAAUUCUCAUUCGCCAUCCCCUGAAGCUCCGUCGGUACGGCACACACAGCGUGGAGCGUCUGAAAGGAGCGGAAAAUCACACUCCAAGCGGCGACGGGCGCGGUCAUUCUUCCGGCGAUGGAAAGAUACCUCUCUCAAACAUACGUGGCUAACACCACUUAUCCUAUUGCUCAUUAUCCUCGCCGCAUACUCAGUGAACCCAACAGAAUCCAACCCAGUCCACAGUGCUAUCUUCCUCUCAUACCCUAACCCCCCUGAAACUCCUGGCGGCCCCAUCAUGUACGGAAAGGGCAAGAAAGAUCUCGCCUUCGUCGGUUUCUACACAAUUGUUCUCUCCUUCACCCGCGAAUUCAUCAUGCAACGAAUAAUACGACCGUGGGGCGUAUACUGUGGGAUCAAGAGCAAGGCUAAAAUGGCCCGGUUUAUGGAACAGGUGUACACGGCGAUCUACUUUGCUGUGUUCGGGCCCUUUGGGCUCUACGUCAUGAGCAAAACGGAUAUCUGGUACUUUAACACGACACCAAUGUUUGAAGGGUUCCCGCACAGGCUGCAUACAGCGGACUUCAAGGCUUAUUACUUGCUCGAGGCUAGUUACUGGGCGCAACAGGCAAUCGUGCUGCUUCUGCUGCUGGAGAAACCCAGGAAGGAUUUCAAGGAACUAGUCGCGCAUCAUAUUAUUACCCUGGCGCUUAUUGGGCUCAGUUACCGCUUUCAUUUCACCUACAUUGGUCUUGCGGUUUAUAUCACUCAUGAUAUUUCGGACUUCUUCCUUGCGACCUCCAAAACUCUCAAUUACCUGGACUCCGUCCUCAUCGGUCCAUACUUCAUUACGUUUAUAGGCGUCUGGAUAUACAUGCGCCAUUACCUUAAUCUCCGCAUCCUCUGGGCAGUUCUUACGGAAUUCCAAACCGUCGGUCCCUUUGAACUCAAUUGGGAAACCCAACAGUACAAAUGUCGUCUCAGCCAAGUUAUCACUUUUGGCCUGCUCAGCGCACUACAAGCCGUCAACCUGUUAUGGCUGUUCCUGAUCCUCCGCAUUGCAAAGAACUACGUCUUGAGCGACGUGAGGAAGGACGAGCGGAGUGAGGACGAAGAAGAAGAGGAGCAGGAAGAGGAUCAGCAGCCCACGCUUACCAAAGAUGCUCAAGUUUGCGGCAAUGCUGGGACUGGGACUGGAGCCAUUGGCUCUGCGAACAAUGGUAGCGCGGAUGCAACGCAUGUUACGAGGAGGACAGCCAAGACUAAGGAAAACGAUGCUGUCACGGGCCCGAGAGCUAUAGUUGAUGGAGCUACGACGGUUGACUCUGAAUCGGCCAAGCCGGUGCUGGACUACAACAAUUAA